UGGUGAGAAAAGAUUAUUAUAAAUCUUAGACAUUUUUAAAUUUCCUAAACUACCCUCUAAUUCAUUAUAAAUAAAAUAGCGUACACCAUUCUUUAACCUAAUACAUUGUUUUUUUCUCUGGCGCCAAAAUCAUCAGUUUGCUCCUCUUCUGCCGCCAAUUUUCUCAUCCAUCUCGAUAACCAGGUAUGAGUUUUAAUAUGCAAUUAUGGAUUUAUAAUUCUGUUUGCAUAGGCUACUCUAGUGUUAAAGAAUGUUAUUGGCCAUUUUGACGGCUACUCUAGUAUUAAUAAUGUUAUGGGCCAUUACAAUGAGAAUGGCUACUCUAUUGUUAAAGAAUGUUAUUGGCCAUUUUGACGGCUACUCUGUGAUCAAUUAUUAUUAUUGUUUUAGAGUUUCUAUUAUGAAUUUUAUAAUAGUUUUGAUGAUAAGAGUUUAUUAAUUGAGUAAAUUAUUGUUUAAACUUUGAAGAACAGUGUAUUGUGUUAUUUUGAGAUUAUAACUAAACGAAGUGUAAUAUUUUUUUACAUAAAGUAGCAUACUGAUAUGAAUUAACAUGUUCAUUUAAUCUAUUAUCUUUUAUGAAUUAACAUUAUCUUUUAUAAACCCACUAUGUCUUUUUUAUUUGUGUUAAUAUCAUUAUGUGGAUCUGGUUUGUCUUUUCCAUUGUGCUAAAGAGAUGUUUUUUUUCUUUCUUUUUAAGCGAAUUUUGGCCCUUUGCUAUGGAUAAUCAGAUACUCAAUACAAUUCAUGUUGUGCGAGCUAAACAAUUGCAAGCAAUUAAAAUAUUUUGCUUAUUGGUGGUUUUUAUUAUACGACAUAGAAUGUUUACCAAAAAACAUGUUAAUUUACCUACUAGAGAUGAAAUUUUACAAAGACGAUGUGUACGAGAAGAGAUGUUACAUGAUCUUUCAAAAAGUGGUAAAUGUCGUGAACUUAUCCGUAUGAGUGAGAAAGCUUUUAUGACAUUGUGCAAUAUCCUAAAGCGUGAUGGUGGUCUUCGACCUACUCAACGUAUGUCCGUUGAAGAGCAAGUUGCAAGAUUUUUGCAUAUUGUAGGUAAUGACUUGAGAAACCGGCUUGCCUCUUGGAUGUACCGUCGUCUUGGAUCAACAACCAGUCGAUGCCUCCAUAGAGUUUUGCAAGCGAUUAUAUCGUUAGAAAGUCGUUAUAUUCAACAACCGAAAGGUGAUAUUGUCCCGAAAGAAAUUCAAGAAAAAAAACGAUUUUAUCCGUUUUUCAAGGACUGCAUAGGGGCAAUUGAUGGAACACAUGUUCGUGUCAAGGUACCUAACAAAGAUGCCCCUAGAUAUCGUGGUCGCAAAGGAUACCCGACAAUAAAUGUAUUGGCUGCUUGUACAUUUGAUUUAAAGUUUACAUAUAUUUUAACUGGUUGGGAGGGUACCGCGUCGGAUUCAAGAAUAAUAAAGAAUGCACUUACUAGAGAUGAUAAACUAGUCAUUCCGACCGGUAGAUUUUGUUUAGUAGAUGCGGGCUUACCUCAUACGAUUACACUAAUGACACCAUAUAGAGGUGUUAGGUAUCAUUUGAAAGAGUACUCCGCUCAUGCCCCUAAGAAUUCAAAGGAAUUGUUUAACCUUCGUCAUGCUUCAUUGCGUAACGCAAUAGAAAGAGCAUUUGGUGUCCUAAAAAAGAGGUUUCCUAUCAUUAGAAGUACGACAGAACCAUUUUACUCUUGUGAAACACAAUCACGCAUCUUUUUGGCAUGUUGUAUUUUACACAACUUUUUACUAGAGGAAGAUCGUGACAAAGAUCUCGAAGAUGAGGUCUUACAUGAGGUGUUAAAUGGAUCAGAAGAAGAAGAACGUCAUAGUACAGGAGACAUACGUGAGGGUAAUACCAGAGCAGACCAACUAAGGAAUUCAAUUGCUAAUGAAAUGUGGACUAACUAUUUGGCUUAUCCGAAUGAUGAAAUAGAUAUGUCAAAGUAGUUCUAGAAUAGUACAUUUUAAUUUUUCUAUUUGACAUUGUAUUGAUGAUUGGUAUUUGAAAUUAUUAUCAUUAUUACAUUUACCAUUUGUAAAUUUUCAAUUAUUUUAACUUUGUAUUAUUUAUUUAUGUUAC